AUGUGUUCUUAUCAGCUUGAUUUUGUCUCCACUCUUAUCUUUCUUUCUUUCUUUCUUUCUUUCUUUCUUUCUUCCUUCCUUCCUUCCUUGCUUGCUUGCUUGAUGGCUUUCUUUCUUUUUUCUUUCUUUCUUUCUUUCUUUUUUUCUAUGAUUCUGUGUCUCCACUCUCAUCUUGCCUUCUUUCUUUCUUUCUUUCUUUCUUUCUUUCUUUUUUCUUUCUUUCUUUCAUUUUCUUUCUUUCUUUUUCUCUUUCUUUAUUUCUUUAUUCCUUUGAGGCCCUGCUUCACCGUCUGCCAUAGGCUAAAUCCCAGGAUAACAGCGAAUAUGGGAGAUCUAUCUAUCUAUCUAUCUAUCUAUCUAUCUAUCUAUCUAUCUAUCUAUCUAUCUAUGUACCAGGCCUUAUUUAUUUCUCUAUCAGGCCUUAUUUAUCUCUUUCUCUCUAUAUAUCAGGCCUUAUUUAUCUCUUUCUCUCUCUCUCUCUCUCUCUCUCUCUCUCUCUCUCUCUCUCAGGCCUAUUUAUGUCUUUCUCUCUCUCUCUAUCAGGCCUAUUUAUGUCUUUCUCUAUCAGGCCUUAUGUCUUUCUCUCUUUCUCUCUCUCUGUCAGGCCUUAUUUAUCUCUUUUUCUCUAUCAGACCUUAUUUACAUAUUUCUCUCUCUCUCUUUCACUACACAGAUAUACACGCACACCUUGUUUAUUUUUUCUCUUUUUAA